UGAAAAAUAGUUCGUAAAUCCCAGUUGGCCAGUUCAGUGGACAGUUGAAGUGUCCCCCCAAAAUUAUUUGUUUCCAUCAGCGUUGCAAGGCCCGCCCAUCGGACCUCGAUCGCCAGAAAUGUCCGCGACUAUGAGCGAAGAAUCCAGAACCAGUGCUUCCAGAAUGUUGAGGUCUGGUCCGUCCCGCGUCGUAGAAAGCGCGAUGAUUGGGGAUGGUCCGCACGUGCGACGACCACGUCACAACAACCCAAACCAGCCAAUUGCAAUGGCGACAGAUCAACGGUCCCGAGCAUCAACAACCCGGCGAAAUAACUUUCUGAGGAAAGUGAGCCUGCAACGCACCCUGGCGUUCUGCAACAGAAUAAGGAGCUUUGGAGGCCCAGCGUCCAGAUUUGGUUGCCUUUUGCAAUCGGACUCCGGAAUGAGACGGGAACUGCGUAGCAAUAUCCAUUGGCCGAUGAUGGAGAACUUGUUUGAGUUCGCUACUUGUAAUAAUGAAGAGCUCCAUGAAAGGAAAUUGUUCGCAGAUCAACGCCACUGGGGACGGGCUCAACUGCAUUUCCAGCAUUAUCUAGGAAUGCGACACCGCCAUCACCACAAUCUGAGAUCAUUCUCCCUGGAAUUCGAUCUAAGGCCCGGAAACAUGAAGUCCAUUUACGACGUGCUUUAUGGCAUGGGUCUCAAAGAGACCUUGAGGCUGGCCUUCAACGAGGUGCUCCACUUGCACUAGCUGUGGUGGAUUUGUGUGUUCCAACUAUCGGUAAUAAAAACUUAAGCCAAUGGAAA